UGUCUGACUCUGUGUGUGACAGCUCUCACUUCUCUGCGUGACUCGCUGCUUCUCUCUCAGAUGACCGACACACUGUUGAGGCUUUGACUGAAUCCUGAGACCCUGACAUGAGUUUCUACAGUGAUGUGUCCACGGACGAGCUGGAGACUUUGGGGUGGUACCACUAUGACCUGUCCCGCCAUGCUGCAGAGGCCCUUCUCUUGUCUAAUGGGACUGAUGGAAGUUAUCUCCUGAGAAACAGUAAUGAGGGACCAGGCUGCUUCGCCCUGUCUGUCAGGGCAAAGGAUUCUGUCAAGCAUUUUCACGUGACACGCAAAGACAACGGCUAUGUGUUUUGGUUUAAUGAGUUUGCAACCCUUCAUGACUUUGUCAACCACUUUGCUAACCAGCCUCUCCUGGGCAGUGACACAGGAACCCUCAUCGUGCUGAAGUGUCCGUAUCCGUGGCGUGUGGAGGAGCCAUCCAUCUACGAGUCUGUACGAGUUCACACAGCCAUACAGACAGGCCGCACGGAAAAUGAUCUGGUGCCUAAUGCCCCAUCGCCUGGUGUUUCCUGAGAGGACAUUUUAUCUUUGUGCAAAGACGGGAGUGGAGGCUGAUGAGUGGAUCAAGAUCCUGAGGUGGAAACUGGUGAGUUUGUUCAGACUGCAUGUUUUACACAGUGCUGGCAGGAAGUGAGAUAUUUUACCAGUAAGUCACAGUGCUGGAGGGCCUCCACUCUUCACUCUUCACUCAAAAAAAAACAAACACUUAAAGAACUAUUGAUAAUGUGCUGCGAUCUCUGGACGUAUAGCAAGGUCCUGACUCCUAUGGGGAUUGUUGAAAAGCAUUCUGGGAAACAAAGGGAAUCACCAAUUGAGGUUCAGUAGAAGAAGACAGCGUAGAUUAAAUCGGCAGUAGGCAGUAUAUUUUUGGCAUCACUGGACAAAAAUUCCGUAAUACCCUUUCAGCAUAUUAUAAUUCAAGUGUUCUGAGAGAAAACUAGACUUCUGCUCCUCCUCAUGG